UUGUUUACUUUUUACCAAGCCUGUUUUAAAAAGAUAACAAACCAGUGGCUUAAGUUAGAUAAGUAGCAUGUUUUGUCUGAAUAAAAGUUAUAAUAAUUAUUUAAAGCCCAGUAAAUCAUUUUUUACCAGAAUUAUUUAUAACAUUUUAUUACCAAUAGGAAGGUACCAGAACAGCACACACUGAGUCAACCAGGGUAUAUAAACUGGUAGGAAUAAAUAAUCUAAACAACUUUAAGAAUUUGAGUUCAAUCAGAUAUUGGUUAUUAAUAAAGUGCCUAUGGUUCCUUACUUACAGAACUCUGCUUUCUGAUUCGCACCUCUUAGAUUCAUCUCAUUUUUUCACAGAGAGGUGGACAUGGCAUUAAAAAGAUAAAUUUCCUCGCAUUUAUAAUUUGUGGCUACAAAAUCGUGUUUUGUAACCCCAAACAAUCAUUUUAGUGGUAUUUUGUGGGCACGGAUUACCCUCUUACUACUUUUUUUGCGCACAAAAUGCCAAUUUAGAUCUAAAAAUGCUUGAUUAUGCAAACAAAUGCUAGUUAGUGGCCACACAUUAUUUGAGAUAAACCAUUUGUUUUUAUUUCUUUAUUUGUUUGCUUUUUAUGUCAUGGCCAAAAAUAUAUGUAAUUUUUAUUUUUUUUUAAAUUAAUGUUAAAAUGUAUUUUGUUAGAGAUGAUUAGUACGCAUAGAUAUCUAAAUUAAUCAGCAUAUCCUGUAAUAUACUGUUCUAUCAAACACCUUUACAGGUGAGUUCUCAUCUAAAAAUCAUUUUGGGGGCAAAUUGCAAUAAAAAUAGCAAGUAUUACCUUCCUAAAAGUGAUACUUAACCUGUGUCUUGUCUCUAAAGUGAUCAGCAUGUCAUCGGAGGAGGAGGCUACCCACCGUUCUUCUUCAGCCUCAUCUCUCUUGGACUCGCCAUCCUCAUCUCCUCCCAAUUUGCACUAUGUUGGAAAGAAGGAAGAAAUUGUCAAGGCUGGGCGAGUGACCAAGCUGUUAAACGGAUGCAGAGAUGUGCUCAUUUUAUACCAUGAUAGGCAGCUUUAUGCGAUGGACAAGCGGUGUUAUCACUCUGGAGGUGAAUUGCAGCAUGGAGAUAUUGAGGAGUUUAAUGGACGACUCUGCAUAGUGUGCCCAUGGCACAAGUACAAGAUCACGCUGGCAGAAGGAGAAGGGCUUUACCAAGCAGUGGAUGACCCGACAAAAAAGCCACUGAAGACUCACUGGCGCUCCAAAGGCGUCAAACAAAGGAUUCAUAAAGUCACAGAAGUCAAUGGGGAUGUAUUUGUUUCACUGAAUAAGUCUUGUGCAGCUAUUGAAUCAGACUUUUAUCAAACUGAAAAAUACAGGACUGUUCCACUCAAAAGUCAACCAGUACCCAAAAAACAAUAACAUUUUUUUAUUCUCUUUAGUCUUUCUUGUGAUACUCAGAGGGCUUUGUUUAUUAUUUUCCUUCUUAUACUUUUUAAAAGACUUUGUAAAUAUGUUGUCUGCUGUAAAUCCUCUUUUGUCAAUGUCAGAAAUGUGAAUAUUGUAAUUCGUGGAUGUCAGUACGCAGCUACAGCCACUCUCACAAUUCAUAUGCAUUCGCACACCAGUGUAGCCACACUGGGGGCACGGAGGAUGAAGUGUCUUGCCCAAGGGCAUAACAACAGCUGACUGGGUGGAGCAGGGAUUAAACUGCUGGUCCUUGAAUCAUUUGCUUACCUGCUCAAGCACCUGAGCCACUGCUGUCUUGUAAAUAAAACUCAGAAAUAAUCAA